AGCUCCAACUUCACCCUUAGUACCUCUGAAUGAGGCCAUAGUACCUCUGAAUCUUAGAAAAGGGAAACAAAAAUCAAGCAUGCAAACCCGAAACCACAUAAUGUAAAUAGCUAGAAAUCACAAAAUGAUUAAGAUUAUGAGUGCUUUGGCUAAUAAUAUGAUAUUUUAUCUUCCUUCAACAUCAAUUUAUAGCAUUAUCUUUGCAUCAUCCCUAGCUUCCUUCUAAAAGCAUCUCUCAUCUCCAACGAUGCUAUCACCAAACCCACUUUCUCUUUUAUGUGCACUACUUCUAUGCUUACCCCUAGCCAUUCUUUUCACCAUCACAAUCACAACUACAACAACAACCACUUCCUCCUCCACCAUGCACAUCCCUAAAAAAUCAAACCCAAACCUCACAACCACUUUCUUAAGUAUAAAUACUCAACACAACAACCAAUCAAACAAACCAACAACAAUAGACGAAUACAAAGAAGAGGAAACGUUGUUCAUUGUAGCCAACCAUACAAAGCGAAAAGCAACAUGGCCAAGAAAAUUAGCAUUCAUGUUCUUAACAACAACUCCUCUUCCAUUUGCUUCAUUAUGGGAAUCUUACUUCAACCAAAUCCCAAAAAAAUUGUACAAUAUCUACAUUCAUGCUGACCCAACAUUCUCUUACGACCCUCCUUUUUCUGGUGUUUUCUCAAACCGUAUCAUUCCUUCAAAACCAACAGCUAGAUUCUCCCCCACUCUCACCUCAGCGGCGCGUCGAUUAGUCGCACGGGCUCUCAUCGACGAUCGUUCAAAUUACAUUUUCAUCCUUCUAUCCUCUUCUUGCAUUCCUCUUCACUCCUUCAAUUUCACUUACCACACUCUUAUUAACUCAAACAAAAGCUUCAUCGAAAUCCUCAACAAUGAACCUAGUUCUUACGACCGCUGGGCGGCGCGUGGAGAACAAGCAAUGCUCCCCACUGUAAAAAUUGAGGAUUUUCGCAUUGGAUCGCAGUUUUGGGCGCUGACACGUAAGCAUGCAAGACUAGUUGUCAGCGAUAGAAAAAUUUGGUCGAAAUUCAACAAACCAUGCAUACGUUUGGACUCGUGUUAUCCGGAGGAGAAUUACUUUUCUACCCUUAUUAACAUGUGGGACCCGAAGGGUUGUGUGCAUGCUACACUCACACACGUGGAUUGGGAAGGAAGAGACGAUGGACAUCCUCGGACUUACGUGGCAGAUGAAGUUUGUCCUGAACUAAUUUGGUCUUUGAGAAGAGAUAGACCAAGAUAUGGUGAUGAUGAUGAUAACGGUGGAUGGAGACGGCGUGAUCCGUUUUUGUUUGCAAGGAAAUUUUCAGCUGAGUGUUUACAACUGUUGACGGAGAUAGCUGAUGGCGUGAUAUUUAAGGACUAGAGAGUAGCAAUCUCAAUGGCGGCUUUCUAGUGUUUUAGGUUGGAGAACCAUUGGAGAGGUUUGGCAAUAAUCUAAAAAGGGAAUUAGACCCCUAUGGUGCUGUAGUCGUAGUCUUGAUUAAGAAAUUAGGUGAUCUUAAGGAAAAAUGUUAUCGAUGAGGGUAAAUGGAAAGUGUAAAUAUCUUCUCUUUUUUAGUGGUUAUGUUAAUUUUCACAAUCGAGCUCAGGACAUUUCUUUAAAACUCCUCAUUUUAUUAAUAUA